AUGAUUAGUUUGCUGGAUUAAUCUAUAUACUUUGACCAAUAUCAUUCCAAUCAUAAACUCAAAUCAAAAAAUAACUUUCAUAGAUAGUCCAAAUUUCCUGAGAUUGAGAAUAGUAGCAGAUUUAAUAUUUCAAGAGGUUCUACAAAUUCCAGCAAAAAAUAAAUUACCAGUCAAGAGAGGAAAUAGUCUCUAGAUUAUAGCUCUACUUUUCAAGGAUUUAAAAUUAGAGUCCUUAAACCAUAAGAAAGGUUUGAAACUCAAAAAGAAGAAAAAUAAAUAACAAUCACUAAAAGUGCAUAACUUAAAAAAAGAAAUGAAUAAAAAGAAGACAUAUAUGAUCCUAAUUAAGAUGACUUACUACUACCAAGGAUUUAUUCACCUAUUGCUAUUCCAAGGAAGCUUAUAACAACAACAAAGAUAAAGGAAUAAUCAAUUUACAAGCAUCUUUUGAGUAAACAAGAUAAUAUUGACCAUACAAUUACAAUUGUAAAACAAUACAAAAUUUAUGAUCAAUUAAAAAAAGGAAUUACUUUAAAAUGUUUGUAUUUAUCUAAAAGAUAAGAAAUUACUGAUAAUAUACUAAUAAUUAACUUUGAUAGUAUUAUUUAUAAUAUUAAUUUAUAGAUUUAAUUUUGGGAAAAAGGAAGUCUUUUUGGGAAUAAUCAAAUGAAAUCAAAUUAUGCUCUAAACUAAUUGGUUAAUAAUGUGACAGUGCCUUUUGUUCAUGUGCUCUAUAAAAAGAUUUAAAAUCAACAUUAUAAUAGUAAAUAUAAUAUUUUAUUAAGAAAUAGAUUAUCAAAAUAAUUUUAUAUCAUCUUCAUUUUUUAAUGUGGAUUAAGAGGUUCUACAUGGUAAUAAUAUUUAAAUGAUUGUGGUUAUGCUAUUGAUGCAAUCUAUUAUAUUCCAACAUCGAAAUUAACAGGUGGAGGUGGAAUUAAAAUAAAAUAAAUUAUUUCUAAUUUUGGAAAAGUUCAAAUUAAAUAACUUAUUUAUUUUGGAUCUAUUGAUACAGAUAUAAAUUUAGAUAAUUUACCAAUUGAACAAUUCUUUUAUUAAAUUCCAAUUGUUUAAUAAUAGGUUUCUGUCUAAAUUUAUUUUAUGCAUUUAUAGAGAUCAAAAUUUAUAGAUUCUAAAUUGCUUUAUGAAAUUUGUAUGCUUCAUUGCAAUUAGAAGGAUUCAUUUAAUUAUAAGAAAUAGUUAAAUGUUAUAAAUUUAGAAUUAUAACCAAUAAUUUCUGAGAUGAUUAAAAUAGAAAUGGAAGAGGAAAUUUCUAAUUCAAUAUUUAAAAAUCUGUAAAAUUGUUUUAAUUUAUUCAUAGCAAUUAAUAUCAUUCAUCAAAGUAAAUUUUAGAAGUAGAAGAAGAAGAUAAAAAUAGUUUAUAAUUAUGGAUAUAUUAAACCAAAAAAUUGUUGCUGGAUUACUUUAAAAGUAUUAAUAGUGAAGAACUAAACUAAAAUCCUAUUACUUUGGUUGGAGACUUUUUAAGAAGAAAUACUUCAAUUGAGAUGAAUUUCCUUAUAAAAAAGGAUUAUAUUAAAUAAGUUAAGCGAUUCAAUAUGUAUAAUGAAUUAAAAGCUUCAACUACUGCACAUACUACUUUUCGAAAAUAAUGUAUCAUGGAAUGUUUUAUUAUUUAAGAUUGA